AUGAAAAAGUGGAGUUGCAUAAUAUUCAUUUUUUUGGUGGUUACAUCCAUUUUAGUAUGUUCAAAAGAACAAGGAAAUUCGUUAGAAAAAAUAACAGAGUUUAGACAGCAGCAUAGAAAAACAUUGGAUGGCAGACUUUGUGCUGCUGCAUUUUUACACGACGAUCAAACUUACACCGACUGCGCAAAUGCGACAUCCCCCGAUGGGACCACCGGAAAGGAAUGGUGCUACGUCGAAGUGCAGCUGCUUGGGAAAGGCGAGAGGGACUGGGACUACUGCGCAGAUGCAAUAAACUACGACAGAAUAAGAGUAGAUGCAAAGAGGAUGUUUGAAGGUAAAUCAUUAGAAGCAGAUAGAUUGAAUGAUAGAUUAAAUAGUUUAAAAUUACGAGUAAAUAGUAUGACACAUAAAUAUGAUAUAUUAUGUGGUAGUAAACAUGAAUUAAUAAAUUCAAGGAUUAAUAAAAUAGAUGAUUGGAUAAGCAAAGCUUCUGAUUCUAUAAAUAAAAUAGAAUAUAAUUCUAAUGAGUUAGAAAAUAGUAAAAAAAUUAUUAAAAAGCUAGAUGAAGAUAUAAAAAAAGAAAAAGAAAAUUUAAAAGAAUCUGAUGAAAUAUGUGAAAAUGUAAAAGGAUAUGAAAAUGAAUUAAUUACAGAUGGAUUAAAAGUUUUAUAUUUUAAUAAUGCAUUUUUUGAAGGAGUACCAAUAAUUUCAAAAAUAAUAAAAAAUAUAAAUUUUAUAUAUAAUAAUAAAUCACCAUAUGAAAAUUUAUUAUCUCCUUAUAAAUAUUCGAUUCGAUAUGAAGGAUAUUUAUUAGCACCAACUAGUGGGAUAUACACAUUUAUAGUCAAUAGUGAUUGUUCUUUUCGAGUAUUAAUAAAUAAUAAAAUUAUUAUUACAAAAGACUUUGAAGAAGUUAUUAGACAUAUAAAUAGUAGUAACAAUAUUGAUGAGAUAAAAACAGAAAAGAAUGAAGAAGAUAAUAAAAUUCGUUACAAACUAGACAAUGAAAUAAAUAAUGUAUCAAAAAGAAUGUCUGGUCCUAUUGAAUUAACAGGGGGUGAAAAAAAUAAAAUAGUUAUUGAAAUUUCUCAUCUAUCAAAUUUAAAAUAUGAAAAAGGUGAAUCAUCUUAUUUUAAAUUAUUAUGGAAAUCUAGUAGAAUAAAUGAACAAGAGAUUGGAUCGAAUUAUUUAUAUAGUGAAAAUUUUAUUUCAAAUUCUCGAUUUUCUUCUGUUGAUCCUGAAUUAUUUGAUAUAGGAUUGUUAGAUGUAAAUGAGAUGACAUAUAAAAAUGAAACAGAUUGGAUAAUUGAAAAUAUUUCAAAUAAAACAAGAUAUAAUGAUUUACAUCUAUUAAGAACUUUUAUAGAACCCAAAUUUGAUUCUUUUUCAUUAGAAGUAAGUGCAAAUUCAAAUUUAUAUAUUGCAUCACCAAUUGAUAAAGAAUUCCCAUUAGUAUGGACCAAUGAAUCUAUAAUUAAAAUCGAAAGUACAAAUGAUAUAAUUGACCUAUUAAAUAUAAAUAGUAAAGAAAAAAGAAAAUUAAAAAUAUGGUUUAUACCGAUCAAAAAUAAAACAUAUAUUAAUUUUAAUAAUAAAAAAAAUAUACCAUUUAUAUUAUUUAUACAAAAACGGAAAAUAUUACCAACCAUAUGUAGUGGAGAAGAAGAAAUAUUAUCGUCUCCUGAGAAUAAUAAUUUUAAAGAAUGUGUUGAAUCAUCAAGUAUAUCAAAAGAAUUUAAUUGUAUGUCUGGCUUAAGUACUUACCAUAUAGAUAAAAAACAUAAUAUUUGGAAAACUGUUAAUAAUUCUAUAGGUGAAUAUAUAAUAAUAUAUUUUAAAAAGCCUGUUCAAAUAAAUAAAUUUCGAUUUAAACCACAAGAUAAUAUAUUAACAUGGCCUUCAGAAAUAUUAUUACACUUUGAUGAUACAAAAGUAUUAGUUCCAAUCUUUUAUACAUCUAAUAUAGAAUAUAAUACAAAAAAAUUUGAACAUCCAAUUAUUACUACAUCUGUAAAAAUUGAAAUACGUGAUAUGUUUGUUAAUAAUUUAGAAACUGGUGGAUCUUUUGAAUUAAUUGGAAAUUCAUGUAAUAUACUAAAUAACGAGUACAUGAAUCAUCAUGCUAUAAUAGAUGUACUAGAUUGUAAUGACACUUUAAAUGAUAUCCCAGAUGUUGUUCCUUUAAUUUAUGGUGAUAAAUUUAUUGUUUCAUGUCCAUAUAAUUGUAUUAAAGAUGUAGAAUCAAAUAAUAAAACCGUAUAUGGAUCUGAUCUAUAUUCUUUAGAUUCUCCAAUAUGUAAGGCAGCAGUUCAUUCAGGCAUUUGUUUAAAAAAUGGAAAUAAGACAGAUGUAAAUAGUUUAAACAGAUAUGAAGAAGAAUGUAAAUUUUUACUUAUGAUAAAAGAAAUAAAUGGAUCUAAUUUUGUUGGAAAGUUACAAAAUAAUGUAUUAUCUAUGAAUAAAUAUGUAGAAGACCAAAAUAAAGUUUUAUCAUUUUCAAUCUCGCAAAUUGUUUCUACAAAAAUUAAUGAUCUAUCUUCACUACAUUACUCAAUGCCAAAUAGCUAUUCAAUUGUUUUUAAAAAUAAAGAAGAUUUAAAUAUUCCUAAUAAAUUUUUAGUUGACACUGGUGAUAUAUUUAUUGAUUAUGGUAAUUAUGGAUAUGGUUGGAAAAGAAAAGUUGAUUCAAAUAAUUUAUUAGAUGUAAAAGGAAGAGAAAACAAUGUAGAUAUUAAUGAUAUUAGAAGUAAAAUAGAACCCAUAAAUUAUUUCUUUCAUAAUAUAAUGUAUUCUGAUGGUAUUAUAUUUCCACCUGCAUCUACAAAUGAGCAAUGUGUAAGUAAACUAACUUGUGAAUCAAAUUAUUGGUCAUUCAAAGUUUAUGAAAACGGGAAUUAUUUAAUUCAAGUUCUUGUAGGAAAUAUAUAUUUUGAUACGAUUCAAAAAAAUUUUAUAGAAAUAAAUGGAAUUCCAAUAAUUAAAAAUGUUGAUUUAAAACCAAAUGAAUAUUAUGUAGGUAUUAAAAAUAUACAAAUAAAUGACAACAAACUUAUAUUUACAUCUACUUGCUUAGAAUCUCAAUACUCUUGUGGAACUUUUCAAACCACUAUGCUUGCGGUGCAAAUUGUUAAAGAGUGA